UCGGCCAAUUUAGUUUACGGGGUUAAAUACAUAUGUACGUGUAUGUAUGUAGAUAUCAAUAUAUCAUAUCAAACUGGGCGUAGUAAUAAAAGUGGUAAGCCACCCUCGAGGACCAGCGUCCUCAAGCGUCAAUCACGAAGAACAUUGUACGUUCAAUGGUUAACCAAAUUCCCGUGCCUCAGGCCAAGUAUGAAUUAUUAACCGACGUUCGACAACCUCGUUGGAAAACACAAGUGCUGUGCUUGGUAUUAAUAUCCUUGGUGCUGGGGAUCCUUUUUGUAACACGCGCUUGGAUAGGACUUCUUAUUCUAAGUUCUCCGAAAACAGAGACACUAGAUACAGAGACAUUAUUCGACAAUGCCAAGAUUGCUACGUGGUUACGUCGGGCUCGGAUGUACGCCGAAUCGACGAAGGAGAACCAGAAUGCGGACAGGAACAACAGCAUCGGUUCGCCACAGCACUUCUACACCAACUCCACAAGGCAGAUCAUUGUCUGUUAUUACACCGUAUCGGGGGACCUGAACACGCUCUGGGAGCUCAGUCCGUCGCACAUUGACCCUAAUCUUUGUACGCAUAUUAUCGUGGGUUUUGCGAGCGUGGUGAACUGCAGUCUCGACUUGGGCCGUAGUUCAUUCUUUUACAAGGAGAUUCUAUCCUUGAAGAAACUGCAACCUAAAUUGAGGGUCAUAGUAAGCGUCGGCGGCAGUAGCGAGCUCCGUUUAGGUUUCUCGGAAAUGGUAAAGAACCACUCUAAUAGAAAAAGAUUUAUAAAUUCGGUGUUAAACGUGACAAAAUCAUUUGGUUUCGACGGAUUGGACUUAGAUUGGGAGUUCCCAGCUUGGCUCGGAGCUGACGAUUUAGAAAAACUUCAUUUCACGCAACUUUUGAUAGAAUUACAAAGGGAAUUUCAACGAGCAAAAGAGCCAUUGAUACUUUCUGUUGCUGUAGCUGCUCCCCAAGCUAUCGUCGAUCAGAGUUACAACGUCGUAGAAAUGGCAAAAUACGUAGAUUUCGUCAACUUAAUGGCAUACGAUUACCAUUUUUAUGUUUGGUAUUAUCCAGUCACUGGACUCAAUGCACCACUAUUUCCGCGCUCUGCGGAGUCUGGAUAUCUUUCUACCUUGAAUCUUAAUUUCUCCGCUCAAUAUUGGCUUUCGAAAGGCAUGCCAAGAGAGAAACUAAUUAUUGGGAUGCCUACUUACGGUCACUCUUAUAGAUUGGAUAAUCCACUGAAUCAUGGCUUACCUGCCCCAGCGAAUGGAUUUGGAAAAUUGGGUACAAUGGGCUUCGUUUCGUACCCUACGAUUUGUCAGUUCCUUCAGAAUGGUGCAAAGAGCGUUUUUGAGAACGAGAGUAAAGUUCCGUAUGUUUACAAAGACAGGGAAUGGGUAUCGUACGACGAUACUACGAGUUUUUAUUAUAAGGCUGAAUGGAUCCGUGCAAACAAUUUUGGAGGUGCAAUGAUAUUCUCCUUGAACGCUGACGACUGGAACAACUCGUGUAAAUUUAACGAAACCUUUCCUUUAACUCGUACCGUUACUAAAGUCUUCGGGCAACAAGAAGACUAAUGCAUUUGUUGGCCAAUUCUUUUUUUUAACUUACAUUCCACGCGGGAAAAUUACAUUCCUAAAGACAUAACAAAUUGUCGCUAUUAAGCUAUCAUUAAAAUAUCCUAUUUCAAGAUAAUUCUCUUCGAUAAAAUACAUUAAUUUAAUUAAAUCGGAAACGAAAUACAAGGUAAAUUAAUUUUAAAAGUGUUUGGUUUAUGAAAAGCCUCGUACUUACUUCUUUUAUGUGAAAAUAUUUUUGUUACAUUUACAUUUGUGAUAAUAUAUUUACAUGUGUCAUUCAUGUAUACGCGCGGUUAUAGAUAUACCUGAAAGUACAACCACGAUUAACCCUUUCGGUACAAAAGAACGCAGGCAUAUCUUUCGUAAUUAUUUCAUUGAUAAAAUUACCGAUCUGUACAAAAAUGCAUAUUCGCUCCCAAGAGAAGUCGGUAGCAUACACAAACGACAAAAUUUAGCGAACAAAAAUACAUAUUUGGUUUGAAUUUCAUCGAUACCUGAUUACAGAGUACCGACAACUGUUGAUUGUAGUCAGCUGUACCAAAAGGGUUAAUAAAAACUAGUGAACUGAAUAUAUAUGUAUUCAGUAAUGCAUUUCUUCCUUAUUAUUGGAUCAUAUGAUUUUUCUAUGUCUCUGAAAAAUAAAGAGAUUAACAAUAAAUAACAUAAAAUUACUCUUUAAUACGCGAUGUUAACGUUUUUAACAAUAACAAUGCUAAUAUCAGAGAUAUAAUUAUUCCCACGUGCAAUAUGAUUAUUCUUUUAAGACCUUUGUUUCAUUUUUGAACAUAAUCAUAUCGUAUAAAGUAUCAAGAAAAAAAAAUGCACUUUCCCAUUUUAAAUAGUUGUAAACAAAUUUACUAUAUAAAUAAUAUGUAAUGUUUAUAUUGUAUUCCAGUUAUUUGUUUUAACUUAUUAUGUUUUUACUGUUAAUAAAUUUUAUUUUUAAAUAGAA